AUGUAUCGAGGGUUAGAGGACUUAUGUCUCAACAGGAUUGGGAAAUACUUGUCCAUGAAUUCAUCUUAACAGUUUGUGCACAGGACGUCAGAGAAACGCUCAGUUCUACUACUCUAGACAUCUGGAACCAGCUCCCAGUAAGAUGCAGGUCUGAUGAGACUGAUGAGGCUUCAAAUUAAGAGAGAAGACCUUUCUCUUUUCUCUGUAUUUUAAUGUCCUUUUCUUUUGCCUUAUGCGUUAAUGGUUUUAUGUGCAGCACUCUGAAUUGCCUUAAUGUUUAAAUGUGCUAUGCAAAUAAACCUGCCCUGACACAAUGACUAGCAAACUAAAAGGACAGCACUUGUAUUAACAGGAUGCAGUGAUGUUGCAAACAGGAAGGUCUUUCUUCAUUUCACAGCUCGUUUUUUGUGGCUGUGCCGGAGCGACAUUUUAAACUUCCCGUUUGAGUAAUAAUAAUCUGCAGUAGUUUAGCAGCUUCACCCCUGAUAUGAUCUCAGUAGUGGAUCCCCAUUGGAUGGUUUAUUGACCGAUUUGGCUAUAUUUGGUUGGCUAAUAAAAUAAUAUAUUUUUUGGGGGGGGGCUGGGGGCGGAUGUUUUCAUUGGCAAAAACAUCUUCAUGUCAGUAGGAUUAAGACAGACAUUCAGUAGAAACUGCUGCACAAGCAAUGACAGAAUAUAUGACCAACAAGAGCAAAUGUCUUAUUACCAACUACACACUUUCCUAUUCAACCUACCAUUUGGUCACACAGAUUCUUACUGUUUAACUCUUUACUGUCCCCAUAUGUUUGAGUGGUUUCGGGAUGAUGGCGGCGGACCCAAAGCGUGGAUGUGUCAGCUUCCGGCUCUUGGCCAGAUGAAACUGGAUUACCCAAUCAGAGAAGACAAAUACUCAGACUGAUGAGACAAGUGCUCCAACCAACAUGAAGAUUUGUGUGUUUGUGUGUGUAUCAUAGUUAUGUUAAAGGUGGAUUAGUGUGAGUGUGAGCGGGUGUGAUAUCAUGUCUGAGGACAUCAUGAACUGCACCAUCGGGCAUGAGAUCCACCAGUACCUCUUUUCCUGUGUGUACAUUCUUGUACUAUUGGUGGGCGUUCCUUCCAACCUGUACUCUCUGUACCACGCUGCCCUGCAGCUCAAGCAGAACAACGAGCUGGGAGUUUAUUUGAUGAACCUCACCGUGGCUGAUCUGUUGUACCUAGCGUCCCUACCACUAUGGCUACAGUAUUUCUUUCAGGGUGACGACUGGAGCCACAGAGAGUGGUUGUGUCAGCUCUGCGGCUUCCUGCUCUACGAGAACAUCUACAUCAGCAUUGGUUUCCUGUGCUGCAUCAGCCUGGAUCGCUACUUGGCUGUGGUGCACCCUUUAAGGUUCACCUCUCUGCGCUCUAUGAGAGCAGCGUGGCUCGUUAGCCUCGUUGUAUGGCUGAAGGAGAUUGCCGUCGGGGUGGUUUUCUUCCAUCAUAAAGAACUGAGCAAAGACCACAAGAACCAAUCAGUGUGCUUCGAGCACUAUCCCAUGCAGCCGUGGGAGUAUCCUGUCAACUAUUACCGCUUCACUGUUGGCUUCAUGUUCCCGCUGGCUAUUCUAUCGAUCAGCUACCUGUGUGUUCUCCGUGCCGUGGGUCGCAGCGCUGGGACUCUACCGGACCAGAAGAUGAGGAUCAAGCAGUUGGUCAGCAGCACCAUCCUCAUCUUCCUUGUGUGCUUCUCCCCCUACCAUGUCUUCCUGUUAGUGCGCACCGUGCUGGAGAGAGACUGCAACUUCAUCACAGGAAUAUUUAACUACUACCACGUGUCGUUGUUGCUGACCACCCUGAACUGCGUGGCCGACCCCGCUCUCUACUGUUUCGUAAGCGAAAGUGCGCGCCGUGGCCUCUACAGAGUCAUAGCCAGACCUAUUGCAAGAAUACUUUGCUGCCGUUGUCGCCGUGGCAACGGCAUCCCUGCUAACCCAGUCACCGAUUCCCAGGAGGUCGCCACUGACGAAAACAACGGACAUCCCACCGUGAUGAUGCUCACACACACCAGCGGUCUCAACAACCUCCAAACAGACGAUCUCGGCAAAAACCCAAUUUUCAUCACACAGACUCAGGGAAAAACGAUCAUACCCCUUAAUGAACAGAUUAAUGGAAACUCUGACACAUGUGCCGACGGGAAUGGAAAGCCCAGCUGUGCAAUAGGCAUGGAAGAGCAGUCGAGACACAAAGAGUGACUGAAGAGACUGAUGGCCAGCCAGACCAAUCCAGUGAGCCCUCAGAGACCACGCUGGAAGAGGCCUGCUGCCCACUCAGCUGUGUUUACAUCAUCACAAUACUCCAUCAGCAUCAUCACUAUGAUCACUACCUAAUGCCAGUGACGGAAUAUAUUUCACUGAGGUCUGAUACUGCAGGGUUGGUCUAUGAUGACGUCUGUAAAUGCCCAGAUGACAUUUCUCUGGUUUGUAGACAUGGGAGCAAAAUGUAGACGCAGCUUGGACAGAAGGUCCUAAAGCAUCCAGAGGUCACAGUUUAUUGGCCUUCGAUCAGUUGGCCAUUUUUAGGUUAAAACAAUAGCACUAUGCGAACCACUCUCUAACGAGGCCCCCUUCCUGAAUGGGGAUUGGUAAGUAACGGUUUACUUAGUGAAUCCUGAACUAAAGUUGUAUUGUAUAAAAUAAGUGAGUAUUAACAACAGUGUUGUUGACCUGUAAAAAAAAGAUGUUGACAUUAAAUCGUCCCUGUGAGAUGAAGCAACAGCACACGUUUAGUAUGAGGACAAACACGAUAACUGAACAUGAGGGUUCCUGACGCCACACCACAGCUGCAUUAAGACCACAUCCUGUACAUGCCAACUCUUCAUUAGUCAUACAGGGGUUUGGCAAUACUUACUCUGCAGCUAUACAAUUCCUGUCAUAAUAAAUGUAUGGAUUACUUUG